AUGAAAUUCUCAUCAAUCAUUACCCUUUCCGCACUAUUCAUCGGUGCAAGCAGUGCUUUCACUAUGGUCUCUACAGCACCACGCACAACCGCUCUCGCAUCUGCCAUUGCCGAGCAGGACCAACUCUACUUUGUCGAUGAUGCUGCAACCGACAGCAAGGUUCCACCCAGUCUAGUUGUCUCGGAGGAACAACAAAUAGAGAAACCCAAGCCUGUCAAGAAGGCGCCGAAGAAGCCCAAGAAGCCGUCGGGUGGUCAUGGGGAGGGCGGACUCUUUUCUCCUGUUGUCAAAUUGGCCAAGAACGUGAUCGGCGAAGAACGGCUCAACAAGGUCCGCGGCAAGGCUAUUGGCCUGCACUCGGAUGUCAUUCGCGACUUGUCGAAACCUCGGAUUCCGAAUUUGGACAAACUGCCCUCAACACUCUUUUUCGAAUGGCCGACGCCGAUAAGAAUGGACGAAUUGAUGAAGCUGAACUCAGACGAGCCAUGA